CUCGCCCUCACUUUCUCCCCUCCUGCCUGCCCGCUGCUCCCUGCUCCUGGCUUGCCCCCACCGCCGCCAGUUCAGGGGAACGUGUGCGGAGCGAUUGUCCUGGGGGACAUUUGAUGGAUUAGAGCUCUGAACAGUUCCAUUGCUAGGGGACCACCUGAUCUCCUCCAGCCUGCGUCCCAUAUAAAGCCGGCAGCCGGAGUGCUGAGCACAGCUCCAGCGAUCGCCUGUCUGCGCGCCGCCGUCGCCAAGCCCGAGCGGGAGCCAGAGCCAGAGCCGGGGCCGCCGCCACCGGUGCCGGCUCCGCUCUGCCGCCGCCCGCCCGCUGGGAGCUGUCCAGUGCUGAAACCCCGUGCAGACAGCCAAUCGCGCCCGGCUGGCCGCCUCCCCCUACCGGGGCCCCACGCAAGUGCCCCGCCGAGCCCCCUGCCAGUAGCACCAUGCCGCGCUCUUUCCUGGUAAAGAAGAUCAAAGGGGACGGCUUCCAGUGCAGCGGGGUGCCGGCCCCCACCUACCACCCCUUGGAGACCGCCUACGUGCUGCCUGGCGCCCGGGGGCCGCCCGGAGACAACGGUUACAGCCCGCACUGCCUGCCCCCCAGCAGCUACGAUGCGGACCAAAAGCCAGGCCUGGAGCUGGCGCCGGCCGAGCCCGCAUACCCGCCGGCGGCGCCGGAGGAGUACAGCGACCCCGAGAGCCCGCAGUCCAGCCUGUCGGCGCGCUACUUUCGCGGGGAGGCGGCCGUCACCGACAGCUACUCCAUGGACGCCUUCUUCAUCUCAGACGGGCGUCCAGCCAUUAACACUCCUUCCACGCCCCCACACUUAUCCUCACCAAAUUUCCCAAACUCUGAGACCCUCGGGGCCUUCUCAUUCACACCCAUCCCCACUGCCUACUAUACCCUGACCCCCUCUCCUUCCAAGCAGCUCAAACCCUUCCCGAUCCCCUGA